UCCUGGGAGCGUAUAUAAACCCUCAGUUACCGUGUAGAGGGCACGGAGGAAGCUCAACCCCUCAGGUGUACCAGUCUGUCCAACAAUCAUGAAGGCCGUAGCUCUGAUCCUUGCUCUGGCAGUCAUCGCCGGCUGCAAUGCCCGUGCAGUGCGGCAGGCUGAUGUCAUUGCCACAAGAUGGGAGGAAAAUGUGGACCGUUUUUGGGAGUACAUCUCUGAUCUGAACCAGAGAGCUGAUGUAGUCGUGGCGGAUCUCAAGACCUCUCAACUCUCAAGGGAGCUUGAAACUCUGAUCCAAGACACCAUGGCAGAGCUCUCAACCUACAGAGAUGACAUCAAUACCAAACUGAGCCCCUACACCGAUGCCUCCACAGGCCAGAUGACCCAGGAUCUGCAGCUCCUGGUCAACAAACUCCAGAAGGACAUGCUGGAUGCCAAGGAGCGCAGCACUGAGUACCUGGGUGAACUCAAGACCAUGGUGGAGCAGAACACAGACGAUGUCCGUGGUCGCAUCGGCACCUACACCCACAAGCUGAAGAAACGCCUGAACAAGGACACUGAGGAGAUCCGCAACACUGUGGCCACCUACCUGGGUGAGGUCCAGUCCCGCACCUCCCAGAAUCUGGACUCCGUGAGGGUACAAGUUGAGCCCAUCGUCAAUCAGGCCAGUGACACCGCCGCAAAGAAGCUGAGCGACAUCUCUACCAUGCUGAAGACCCAGGCUGAGGGACUGGGCCAGCAGCUGGAGACCCAGGCUGAGGGCAUCAGGACUCAGCUGGAGUCCACAGCCCAGGACCUGCGCACCUCCCUGGAGGGAAAGAUCGAUGAGCUUACUGAGCUGAUCUCCCCCUACGCAUCCAAGAUCCGUGAGCAGAUCGAGAGCAUUGUGGAGAAGGUCAAGGAUACCGCCAGUAACUAAAGAAAGACUCUGAGUUGUUUUAGGGUUGUAAAAAGUUGGUGGUCCACCGCUUAUUGAAGUGUAAACCACUGAUUUCUUAAAACCUGGAAAAGAGAAGAGUUACAGAUGAGAUCCUGAUGUGGGUGCUUCAUUGUUCAGACUAAGGAGAUUGAUUAAGGGAAGAGAGGGUCAAAUGUGUCCUUUUCUUUUCUGAUCGACCUCCUUAAUUACUGAACAAAAGCACCCAUUGAUAAGUCUUAAAAACAAAAAUACAAGACAAUUAUUUGUAAUAUGCUUCGCUUUUUCUACUAAAUUAACCACUGUUGCUGCGUAUCUCGCAAGUUGUUGUCUACACUUUCUCACACAUAGUUUGGUUGUAAGUUAAACUGCCGAUAUUCGGGUCCUGAAGGCAGUGAAUCCAGCCUCUAAAUCUCUAAAUGCACCAAACACGCAUGUCUUUCAUUUCAAUAAAUGCACUGAAUUAUCCCAGAGGUGAUACUGAACCACUAAAGUUCCCUUCUGUAUUUCUUAUUUGUUGUGCUUCACUGAGAAGUGGAAUGUAAAGCGACUUGCAAUGCAAUUUACGACUAUCACAAAAUGCUGCCUGUGUGUUUGUCAGUCAGACAAUAUAGAGUGUCCCUUGUGUUUCACAUCACAUGCCCCUCAUGCUGCUCACUGUAUGUGCACUGAUGUGUGCUGAACAGUGUUGAGAGAAUAAAGAACCAAGAAAAUAA